AUGAUCUUAUAUUGGUUUAUAUUUCAGAAAAAGAAAAGAACCAGCAAACAAAUAUGCAAUCAGAAUAUAGAAUCUUAAGAGAAAAUGUUAAUUUGAAAUGUGAAAUUAAAUUAUCUGAUAGUCAAGUGCUUGAUGCUAAUAAUGUUAAGGAUCUGAUAGAACAUAAAGGUAAAGGUAGACCCGCAAACAAACAAUUAAAAGCCUAUAAUGAAAGGAAUGAAGUAAGUAAUCAAAAAGAGAAUAUACAUGAGGUUGAUAAUAGUAAUUCAAACCAUACCGUUAGUAGUCAUAAAUGUAGGUUGUGUCAUAAAACUAGUUAUUAUGCUCCAAAAUGUUUUACUAAAAAUAGCAAUUGUUAG